AUGUUGGUGGUUUUUGUGUGCAACAUGGUCAAGAAAAGGAGCCGGAGCUGCAGUGGCUACCAGUCCCAGGGGCUGCCCGGCAGUAAGUCACCGGUGCUUGUGUGGCAGGCCGGUGGCUCUGGGGCAGGAAGCUGUGUGGCUACUGGCCCUGCUGUAGCUCUGGUGCCCCGGCCGCACCUGCAUCAGCACUCCGCGGUGGUCAUCUCGACCAAACCUGGGUCCUGCUUGCAAUUAACCUCUGCGAUCGCUUUGUCCAAGUUCCUAAGCCACAGGCAACAGCGGCAAGGCCCAGAAGCCUUUGAGUGUGGGGCAGCAGGCACACAGCGAAGCUGUCAAGGCAGAAGCAUGGCUGCUGCUCCCACCUCCGAUGGGCCAGGCAAGGAUGUCCAGAGCACCACUGGGCACCAGCCACGCUUUGCUGUACGGCAGGCAGGGCUGCUCCCGCACCGCUACGUGAUGCCCUGGAAGUAUGACAUGGUAAACCGCAGUGUGGUGAAGAAGCAUGCACAGAUGGCCGGGAUCUAUGCUGGUCCCCUAGAAGACCCUCUGUUUCUGGGGCAGUGUGAAAGACUUUGCCAUGGGGAAAAUCGAAGAACGGUACUGCAGAAAAUUCCAGAGGAAAGGAAAAUUGCAGACAUUCCUUUAUACUCUCCUCUCGCCAAAUACCAAAGUACCAUAAUUUCUCAUGGAUGCAGGAGGAAAUUGAUCUGACCUGAAGGAAAACACAAUGAAAAACGCAUUUCCCUUAGUGUUCUGGAAUUUUUCAUCCUUGU